AGCUCAUCAAUCGCUUCAUUAUUUGCGGCUUAUACCCUCUGUCGCAGCAAGCAUUCGCCCAUAAUAUCAAUCGUCAAGCGAACCACGAAAUAGACAGUCGACUCUUGUCAAGAUAAGGAUUGAUCGGCCUGUGAGGCAGUCAACCACAUUCGUCAUCCGGUUGCCCACUGAAUAUAGCACAGUAUCGGCACGCGAUCGCUCAAGGCCGCCUCAAGUCCGGGUUCUUUUGGGCAUCUGCAGUUGCAUAUCAGUUGGGCAUCAUAUUCAUUCAUCCACGGACACAUUCGAUAGCCAAAAUGCAGUCCAUCCCAGAUGCGCGCCAUCAGACCUUUGAGGAAAUCUACGGUCCACCAGAGAAUUUCCUCGAGAUAGAGGUCCGCAACCCCCAAACCCACGGAACAUCCCGCUCAAUGUACACAUCCUACGAAAUCGUCUGCCGAACCAACAUCCCCGCCUUCAAACUCAAACAAUCCAUCGUCCGUCGACGAUAUUCCGACUUUGAAUACUUCCGCGAUAUACUAGAACGCGAAUCUUCGCGCGUGACCAUUCCACCAUUACCGGGAAAAGUGUUUACAAAUCGGUUUAGUGAUGAGGUGAUUGAGCAUAGGAGGGAAGGGUUGCAGCGGUUCUUGCAGAUUGUGGCUGGGCAUCCGUUGUUGCAGACGGGGAGUAAAGUGUUGGCUAGUUUUAUUCAGGAUCCGAACUGGGAUCGGAAUGCGUGGUAAAUGGAUGAUUCAAAGUCUGACACGAUACUCUGCAAUGCCUACACAUGUCAACCAUUUCUAGCAAGUAAUUGAGAUGUAAUUACGUGCUUUUCAUCUUGGUGGCUUUCCUCCUUUUUUAUGUCUUGUUAAAUACCUGUUCUUGUUAUGUUCAAUGCGACUCUUCACUUUUUUUCUCCGUGUUUUUCAGGCUGUUUUAUUUUAGCGAAUGUCUACCAUCUAUAAAUUGAUUUUUGUCGAGACUGAUAAAUAGCAGAAGUGUCAAUAUUCGGUUCAUAUUUCUUUGUUCACGAUCCUCUGAUAUCUCCAGGAGAAAAGUCAAGAGACCAUGGCAAUGUAUUCCUUCGAGAAUAAGAGUUCAUGCAAAAUUCUCAUCUAAUCAUAACAAAAAGAAUUAUCAGACAAAAUACCCGGUUAAUUGAUGUCAUCAUUCCAAUUAAAGGGCGGAAGUGUAUUAUCCUCCCACGAACUUAUGACUGCAUUGCUCGCCGAAGACACGGAGGUGAAACUAGCGCUAUGGUUGCCCAUCCCCGAGCUCGAAGGAAAUGACAAGGACGACAUCAUUCCUUGUCCACCUCCACUCGAAGAGUCAAGUAUCAUACUCGACUGAGUCAACUGGGGCAGGGGCGGUAACAGUGAGCUUAUAGACGUCAGAUUGGCAGAAUCGGGUAAAUGUGGGUUCCGCUUCUUGUCAGGUGAAUUGGCAUCGCUGGUCACUGGUGGUGACAUUAACGGCGGCGGUAGUGAUAAUGACUGCGGAGGUUCUUUUAGUCUCUUGGAUGAUCGCGUUGCGGUCUUGUCCUUCGCAUUGUUAUCGAGAGUCGGUGUAAUCUCAUUACUGUAUUCUCGUUGUUGUAAUGAUCCAAUACUUCCGCCGCUAACGCUGCCACCCUCACGGUAGGCAUUUGGAAAUUUGGUUCUGAAUCUAUCUCUCAGAUCUGUUGCGCGUCGAUGUGAAAGAUUGAGGUGUUUAUCUUGCUGUAUCAGUGUCCAUUGGAAUCCGUGGACUGCAUAGCCUUUGAGAAGAGCUUCAUCUUCAGCCGGCGUAAAUGGCCGGCGCGACCGGCGCUUAGAUUUGAUUGUGAAGUACGGUUCUGCUAUGCCUAAUGAUGAGAGGGUUGACUUGGACUUUGUCGAUUGAGUAGGUGCAGAUUUUGCCGGUACUAAAGACUCUUGAGAUCCGGAUCCAGAUACCGUGGCAGGUGUAGGAGACAGCUGGUUCGACCGAGAAGCUGAGGACGCCGAUAAUUGCUCACCUAGCUUGGAAGAAGUUUCAACUAACUCGGUAGAAAUUGUCGCGCUGUCCUUGGGUCUAGGAUCAGGCAAUAGAAUCUUGCCGCCAACCCCAGAUGUCAAAGACUCCGCAUUCAUCAAUGCACUCGCAAGAGUAUCUUGUAUUUCCUUCGUCGCUUCAUUUGGGUCGGCCGCUCCAUAUGCCCAUGGACAACAGACUCUAAAUCGGUCUUUAAGAUUAGCAGCACUGCGCUUGUUGAAUUUCAACUCCGGUUGUUGUAAAAUAGCCGUCCAGUUUCCGAUGCCGCAUUUGACUACGCCUCUUAGCAGGUCAGUUGUCUCUUGUUCAGUCCAUCGUCGGAGAUUCUUGCGUGAACGGCCACGGGUUUUAGGGGACAUCGGCUCGUUUGCAUCAAUUGGCUUUUCUGAUGGAUUGCCAUUGCCGUCAGCUGGAUUUUGACUAGUGGUUCGAUUCUCAUCAUUUGCUGGCAGCUGAUCAAGCUUCGGCUCCUCGAGAUGAUCAAUAUUAGAUCUAUCCAAACUGUUCGGAUCGAGAAUCUCCUCCAGUCGUAGCUCUCGUUUAUCCCCUUGUUUCUCAGCAUGCUUCUCGGAAAAGACCAGUUCCGAGUCAAUCGUUGGCCUCGUCAAGAUCGAUGGUAAAGAACCCGGUUCAAUAGGCGGGAACAAUGCUGCAUUCGGAGGAGGUUCAUUCAAUCCAUUCAAGAUAGCAAACGGACCGAAAGGUGGUGGCUUCUUCUCGUUUUGUGCCUGCGGGACGGGAAGUUGAAGAUGCUCACUAGAAAAGUAAUCACUGUGUCCAUCUAUACGGCGACGUUUCGAUGAAAUGGUCUCCUCAAACAAAUACGGCAGCUUUUCCACGGUCUGAAGGUUGAUGAAAUCCGGUAGAAUCGUCUUUGGGGGGGGCGGUGCAUUCGGGUUGAGGUGGUUAUCACUUAGACUGGCAUCCGACGUACGAGCAGCGUUGACAAAUUCUUCCAGUGUAGGAAGCCUUUCAGGAAGGUUAGCUCCAACGUGCGGAGUCGUCGUUGAGCCUCC